UUUUAUCCGCUCCCCCGCGGCCGCCAAACCGCUACCCUUCAAUCCCAGGAGCAGAGCCCACCGGAAGCGACUGCACUCUCCCCACCUAUUAACCCUCAUGCUUUAAAUCCAUACGAAUACCACGCAAGGGAGCCUCCAAAACCCUUUGAAACGUUCGAGCAGCCACGGUUUCUUCGGAAAGAAAAGGAGGGGAAAUUUCCGUUUCCAAUCAGCAAAAGAAGUAGCGGAAGAGGGUUUGAGAAAAGAAAGGAAGGAUGAUCUUGGUGGCGAUAGUGGCGGAGCUACUGGAGGAGUACACGGUGCUGGUGGCGAGGGUUCUGGAGCAGCUGCUUCACGACGCUCCCUUCCCCCGCCGGAUGCGCUUCCUCAUGCUCAGAAGCCUCCCCUUCGCCUCUCCGCCGCGCCCCCUCCCUCCGCCCUCCUACGCCCGCCCCGCCGCAGCAGACCCCCUGAUCGGUACGGAUGUAAGGGUUAUGGUUCUUUGCGGCCUGGAUCUGUGUACAUGAGCUUGGUUUUUGUCUCUAUGUUUCAUUUCUAAUUUUAAUCUUUGAUCAAUGUCGCUCGCGGUUGAAAUUUGUUUUCCCUUUUUCCCUGUUAUUGUAAAUUAUAUUAUAUGAAUCGAUUUUGAGCUGUUUGGUCGUACUCUGCGGAUUCAUAGAUUUGUUUCUUUUUUUUUAUUAUUAUUAAAAGAAAUAUAUGAAAAUAAGAGUGAGAAGGAAGGGAGAAAUUUUGGCGUGGUGAUUUCCAAAUUCCGAAUUCGAAAUUCGAAUGAGACGGGGGAGAAGGUGGAGAUGGCGGAAUGAUGGUUAUCGUGGGGUUUGGUGGAAAGGGUAAUCGAAGCCAGCUUCAGCGGGGUUGAUUGGAGAGAGAAAGAUUUAUGGCAGCGGCUGGGGUCCAAGACUGUGUUACGAGUACUGGGAUUUCUCCCUUCCUUCCUGGCCAGUGGCCAUGGUUUAAACUUUUUAUAAAUUUAGCCCUUCUCAUGUAUACUCUAUCCACUAGUGUUGUGAGAGGUUACCAAAAAAAAAAAAAAAAUCGCGUUAAAUUAGACCAAAAGGAAAAAAAAAAAGGGUACUAGGAGCUGAAGAGGUCAGAGGCAUUCUUGAUUUGUUGAAAUAAAUGGGAGUUUUGGAGUUUAUAUUUGGACGUAGGCAAAUCUUAGAGUCUUGGACCAAACUUGAGGAGCAGCGCCUAAUGCUUUCACCAGAUUUAUUUGCCUUGCUCCCACCAAUCAUGCUAUGUCAUGUUCCACUGAGCCUUUUUUUUUUUU